AGAAAAAGAGGAAGAAGAAGAAGAAGACAUGAGAGGGGGAAGGAAGAAUUUGAAGAGGGCUGUUGAGGAAGAGUUUUUGACUCUUCAAAAAGGGCAAAGUAUUAUGCAAGUUUUGGACCUUCGAGGUUCAAAUAUUAUUCAAGUAAGAGAUGCGAAAGGGGAAACAUCAUUAGCAAUAUUUCCAGCUAAAUUUCAAAAGAGCAUGUGGAUAAAAACAGGCAAUUUUGUUGUGGUUGAUGAUAGUGGUAGAGAAGAAGCUACUGAAUCAGGUAGAAAAGUGGGAUGUGUUGUUACACAGGUUCUCUAUUAUGACCAAGUUCGUGUGCUUAAAAAAUCACCAGAAUGGCCAGAGAUCUUCAAAUCCACAGCAGUAGAAAGCUCAAAACAGGAUAAUACGCAAUCACACAAUUCCCAGAUGGAUGAAAAUGAAGACUCAAGUGAUGAUGAUGGACUCCCUCCAUUAGAAGCCAAUACAAACAGAUUAAAUCCUUUUCAAGGAAAGUCAGAAACUGAGUCUGAUUCAGAAACUGAUUCCUGAUCCAUGUUUGGGACAUUCCUGGCAUCAUUUCUUUUUUGCAGAUGAAGUAGGAGUAAAGGUAUCGCUUUCUUUGAAAGCUAUUAAUUGUGUCUCUUAUAUAGAGUAGUUUCUAUGUUAAUCCCAUAUCUGGAAGGAGUGAACUUCUGGAUAUUCACAUUUAGUUUAUCAAAAAUUUGUAAUGUUAUGUUUGAUAGGUUGUUCUUCGACAUUGAAAACUAUGCAUAGCCUUUGUUUGGAACUUAACUUGUGAAUUAAGGUGAAUGAGCACAUACUAAUGUCUGAUUAGCUUUUUUGCCUGAUGUUGAUAAAAUUUUGUGAUGCAAGGGUUUCAAUAUAUGUU